UUCUGCGUGUUUUGCGAGUUUGUGAAAUGCCGAUGUCGGAACGCUCGAGUUCUGAGCCCCGGAGCCCUCGCGCCCGGAGACCCCGGAGUCGCUCCCGUAGCCGCCAUCGCAGCAACAGCCGCGAGCGCAGCCUGUCUCCGUACAGCUUCGGGCCCAAACUCCCGAAGCCGCGCAACAGGGAGAAGGAGCUCGAAGAACGGGAUCGCCGGUUCCGCGAGGCGAAAAACAUCCGGCGAAUCCGCAUAGCAAGCCCCCGCCGUAGCCGGUCCCGGUCCAGGGAGCGUCAAUACAACCCCAACAACAACAACCCCAACAACAACCCCAACAACAACAGCUACAACAACAGCUACAACAACAACACCUACAACAACACCUACAGCCACUGGUCCGAGCAACGGGACGCUUCUGGGAAACACGGAAGUUUCAAAGAUGAUUAUUACUACGAGCAGCAACGGGACGACGCUCAGAGACAAGAGACUUUCAUUACCAGGCGUCUGCAAGAGAGAGAGCGGAUCGGGGAGUUGGGUUGUCCGGAAGUUUGGGGAUAUUCACCAAGAGUUAAAGAGCCAGACUCUGAUGAAUUCACACCAGUCGAAGAAGACGAGAAAAACAGCAGUUCAGAAUCGAGCUCAGAAGACAAGAAGAAGAAAAAGAAGAAGAAGAAGAAAUCCAAGAAGAAAAAGAACAAAAAGCACUCCGAGGACAGUGAGCUGGAAUCAAAUUCAGACGAAGAAGAAAUAAAGAAGAAGAAAAAGAAAAAGAAGAGCAAGAAGUCCAAGAAGUCCAAGAAGAAGAAGGUAAAGAAGAGUCAGAAGGAGUCCAGCAACUCCAGCAGUGAAGAGUCCAAGGAGGAAGAGGGGGCAGAGGGGGAGGAGGAGGAGGAUGACGAUCCCAACGCAGUGAUGUGGGUGGAGAAAACCUGCAUGGACGAAAAUGUGGUCGGCCCCGAAGCUCCGCUCAUACACAUGUCGCAGGACGACGACCGACCUUUGGAUUUCGGCCAUGCCCUGUUGCCAGGUGAAGGUGCUGCGAUGGCGGAGUAUGUAAAAGCUGGCAAACGUAUCCCGAGAAGAGGUGAGAUCGGUCUCACCAGCGACGAGAUCGCAAACUUCGAGAAGUCUGGCUACGUGAUGAGCGGCAGCAGACAUCGUCGUAUGGAGGCUGUGCGUCUGAGAAAGGAAAACCAGAUCUACAGUGCGGAUGAGAAGCGAGCUCUGGCGUCCUUCAACCAGGAGGAGAGGAGGAAGAGAGAGAGCAAGAUCCUGACGAGCUUCAGGGAGAUGGUGUACCGGAAAACCAAAGGCAAGGAGGAGAAGUGAACAUCACAUUGGUGCAGAUUACCCUUUUAUAGGAGGGGGAUUCCUGUUUUAUUCCUUUUGGAGAAUAAUCCCAUUCAGUUGGAGUGGAAUGAACAGUGUGGUGGGAGAAUUCUACUUUGUAAAGAAAUGUGUGUAAGAAUUACAUUCUCCAUUCUAUUUACUCACUGGAGCAUCUUCCCUUUCAAGUGUUCAACCGCAACUUGUUCUUGUAAAGGUUUAUCCUGAUGAGUUCAGUAAAUAAAUUCUCAUUGAGUUUUUUUUAUUUUUUAUAUUUGAUUAAUUUAAAAAAACAAGAUAGUUAUUUCAGAUCACAGCAGGAGUACAAUUAAGACCAUUUUAAAGUGCAAAUGUCUCAAAGUAUUUUCAGCCUGGUGGACCUUAUUCCAAGUUCUUUAAGAUAGGUUAAAGAUAGAUAGAUGUAUACUUUAUUGAUCCCGCAAGCGGGAAAUUACAGGCAGAUCCAGGAAGAUUACAGCAUAACACGAGGGAAGAGAGGAGAAAAUAAAAAAAGGAGUAGGAGGAAGGUACAUUAGCAAAGGUGAAAACUACAGAAUUUUUUCUACCAUUAAAUAAAAUGUUUCUGCCCUUUUGUUGAUCAUUUUGUGACCUCAGAUUAAUCUUUUAUCUCCUUCAACCCAGUAUCGGAACCAAUGGAUUUUAGUUAUACAAAGUCAUGGUUGUACAAAUUCAGCAGAGGCUGCUACUUUAAUCAGCUGGUUAUAUAGUUGAAUAAUAGUUCUCUAUCCUGUUGAGCUGGUGGAUUCUGUUCAAAUCAAUGUUUCUUGUUCAAGCACCUCCUGAUAUUUGGGAUUUUACUGUAUUUCAAAAAUGUGUAACUUUUGUUAAACUUAUACAACAAUCUGUGUAUCCACAAAAUAUAUAUUCAUAUAAGAGUUAACGCUUUUGUACUAAGUUGUAUAUCUCACCUAUAACCUAACUUUGAAUACUUUUCUAAACACAAACCGAGGCCAACGAGGUGUACGUGUCCCACAGCUGACCCCUACUAGCACAAUAAAAAAUGCUAAGAGACAUAAAGAAUAUGGCCUGGCUCCAAAAUAUCGUCUUCAGCUAAAUUAAGUUUAAUAAGAGGCUACGAAAAGCAGCCAAGCAAGAAGGGAGGGAGAGCGGAGUCGCUGAGAUCCAGCUAGGCCCCAGGUCGAUGACAGAUAGAAGAGGCCUGGACAUAGAAAUAUACCACACAAAUGUCAACCAGGAAGACUAAUGGCCCAUUGUGAACAUCUGCCCACAUCCAGACUUGGGGUCCGGCGACAGUUGAGCAAGAAGUUAAAACACUGCCGCUGCCAACCGCGACCUCGGGCUGCUCUAAUAGGUCACGCCGGGUAUGAGGUGGUGCGACCAUCUGGACCCAGAGAAAAACGAAAGAUGUUUUUUUUUAAGUGUAUGUAUGUCUGCGUAGGAGCAGAAUAUUGUGUGGGCGACAGUGGUUAGCAGAUCCGUCUUUCAUUCAGAGGAUCGGCAGUUCAAUGCCCACUAACCGUCGAUGUCGAUGAGUGUUCGAUGCCCGAGACGUACCAUGAGUUACUCCCUGUAGCCGUGUCAACGGUGUAUCAAUUGUAAGUCGCUUUGGAUAAAAGCGUCAGCUAAAUGAAAUGUAAGAUCAAAUCCUAUGUGAGAGAGUAUUUGGAAGAUGAAGUAGGGCUACAUUUAAGAAACCCAGGUGCUCCUUAGAUGAUGUAUUUUAUGAUGAGACUGGAACCAGGACGUAGCCAGAGGUCUCUGGGGAAGAGGGGUUCUCAGCAGGACACUCAGAAGUAUUGUGAAUGUUCAGCAGUUGUGCUUCCGGUCCAACUCAGUUUGCGUGUAAUCCGUGUACUGCAAAUAAACCUACACGAAGUGAAGACAUUUUAA